AUGCCUUGCAGACCGCUGCUCUUCGAUCUGCGAACUCAGAACCGCUCUAUUUGUCGAUCAUGUCUUCAUAGCAUCCGACGGCAAGCCGCCCAGCCUUGGACUGCGGCAUACAGCACCGCCUCUCCGAGGCCCGAACCACGCGCGCAGGUGGCCGACUCCGUUGCGCGCCAGCCAAGCAGAGCGGAGCUAAAGCAGUACCUGGAUCGCCUACAGCAGCUGCAGAGGACGACAUCGGCAACCGAGGGUGCGGACGACUUCUCGGUUCGGUUCUUCGAGCAAAACGAGCAAGGGCGCACCGAGCUGCCUGAGGAGCAAGGCUUUGCAGACUCGCCGACCAGUUUCGAUGGGUCCGAGCUCAAGCAAGCCCUCUACAGCAUCAAGGAUGUCCUGGCAACGCAGGAAGAGAGGGAGGCUUUCCAAACCGUCAUGCGCGAAAUGGGUGGCGGCUUGGACAAGCAGAUCACGGCGGACGACCUGGAAAAGAUGAUGGGCGGUAUGAAGGCCUACACCGAGUCCAUCGACGCCGAGUUCGAGGAAGCCACCGCCGAUAUGCCCCGAGAAAUGCUGGACGAGCUGCGGCAAACCAUGGCUGAGUUUGAGUCGGUGGAGGAGAGCGGACCGCCGGCCAUGGCAAGUCCGCGGAUCCUCGAGAAGCACUGGACUGCCAACGGGCGCAGAAAGAUUUCCAGGCUGAACAGCGUCCUUGCACGCGUCUCCCACGAAAUGCGCGGCAAGCGGGGCAUCACAAACAAGAGCGUCUCGACGGUAUACAAGGCAUACCAUGCCGCCAGACAUCACCUAGCUCGCGACUGGAGCCACGUGCCUGUCGAUGUAUGGGACCUCCUCUGGACCGUCUUCUCUGCCGACGAGUCCAUCAACAUUCACCGGCUGGCCCACGUCUCCUUGCUCGCAAGAGACAUGAGCGAAGCAAACGUCACGCUGAGCCCCCCUCAGCAGCUCCUCACCAUCGAGGCAUUGUUCGUCGAAGGGUGGGAGGCCAAGGCCAUCGACAGCUGGAAAAGGUGCAUGGGCUCGCUGGGCGACGACAAGUCUGAGGUGUUUCAAGACUUUUGGGAGCUUGGGGUGCGAAUGUACUGCCGCGCUGGGGAUCUGGAUCAGGCGGAGCGGGCUGUCGACAAGCUCCUCGACAAGCAGCUGGACGCGCGCAUCAUGAUGCCGCUCAUUCGGUCGUUUUCGGAAAAAGAGAGCCCGGAGUGCCAGGAAAGGGCCUGGGCGGCGUACCGGCGGAUGAGAGAGCUUCUCGGCAGGGGGAUGAAGCUGUCCGACUACGACCAAGUCGUGUCGUACUUUUUGACGACAAACCAGACCGAGAACGCGCUCUACGCAUUCGUCGACAUGAUGACGGACGGCGGAGUCGAUCUGAAGCGGCAAAAGUACUUGCCCUCGGUCGUGGCCAACAAGUUCUUCCUGGGCAAGUGGCUGAAGAGACUAAUCGGCGCCCGCGACCUGGACGGGGCCUAUAGCGUAAUCGAAUUCAUGCGAAAAAAGGGCAUCGAGGCGUCGCCCAUCCAUCUCAACGGCCUCAUCGGCGCCUGGCAGAGGUCAAGGACUGCCGAAAACCUCGAAAAGGCGGACAAGUUGGCGUGGAACAUGAUUGAAGCGCGGGUCCGUUUUGUGCACGAGAGGAAGUCGGACGAGGGCGGCAGCGGCGCCGACGUGGCACCGUCGAGCAGCCCGUGGCCGAGGGCAACGCUCGAGACCUUUUCGCUCAUGGCCGAGAACUACCGCUCACGCGACCUGCUUGGCAGCAUCGAAGCUCUGUGGGAUGCCUUCCGGGACGCCGAGAUCAGCCCGGACGCGUUCAUGAUGAACCAGCUGCUCGAGUCUCAUAUCCAAGCCGGGCGCGCAAAGGAGGCCGCAGCUCUGUACCAGGUUCUGGUGGCGGAGCGAGGCGUCGUCCCGGACGCCCACACGUUCAGUGCGCUGUGGAAAACCCUGGCCACGAGCCGCCUUGUCAAGGUGGCGCCCGAGGCGCGCGAAGAGGCCGUGCUGGAGACGCGCCGCCUGUUUGAGGAGAUGGUCAGGUUCCGGCACGUCUUCGAGCCGGGCGGCAUCGACGGACAGCUCGCGCGCAAGAUCCUGCACUCGCUCCGCCGGCUCCGGGACAACGACGGCUUCGUCGUCGCCCUCACGGCCCUCCGCGCCCUCUUCCAGUUCCUGCCGCCCGAGCUCCUGGUGCUGGAGCUGCUGCUCGGCGUCUCCAAGCUCGCGUGGGACACGCCGGCGCAGCGCCGCCGCCUCAUGCUGGCCAAGCGCUCGCUGGACCGCGAGCUCCUGGCCUGGGCGGGCGGCGACGAGCGGCGCCUCGAGAGCGGGCCGCUGCGCGCAGAGGCCCUGUACGAGUACCUGCGCAGGAGGCUCGGGCGGAUCCCGGGGCGCUCGCGGCUCGACGAGGCCAGGGACGUGGCCGCGGCGGCAAUCGAGAUGGGCGUGUAUGAGCUGCUGUCGCCGGCGUUUGAAUUCAAGGGGUGA